CGGUUCCUCUUGGCCAUAGCCAUCCUACUCUGAAACCGUGCUUUCUGCUCUGUAUCAAAGCGACUACGCAGUACAGGAGCAGAAGAGGAGGAGGUAACUCUGCCAUGUCUACGAGGGCGCACAGGGUGGCGACGCACGCUGCGUCGGCGGCGGGGGCGAGAAUGAAGGGUCGGCGGCCGCCGAGCGUGGUGAGGGAGAUCGUGUACGGGAUGAGCCUGGGGCUCUUCGCGGGGUACCUGUGGAAGCUGCACCACUGGAGCAACCAGCGGCGCACCCGCGAGUUCUACGCCCUGCUCGACGAGGGCAGGAUCUCCGUCGUCGUCGACGAGCCGGCCGGAGCCAAGGAGUAGUAGUUUCACCUACCUACUAGGAGAGGUAUUUUCAGUCCGUGCUUCCAUAGAUCAUCAGUAGCAGAGUUGAUAGCGGUUUGGUUUGCUUUGUUUAGCUAGCUAGCUAGCUCAGCUCUCUUCUUCCUCGUGUCACUGUGGAAUAUGUACUGCAGCUCCAGCACUGCUGCCUGCCUUUGUCUGGUUCCCGAACGAAGAGAAUAAACUGAUGCGUGGCAUUCAUCAGUAGAGGCUGCAGA